AUGUUGGGUGCCGCUGGAAUAACGUCCGUACAUGUUGAGAAAUUGGGUCACACUAUCGAUGAAAUACGACUACGCGCCUUGGACAAUAUUAUCUCCAAGUACGAUUUCGGUUUCGGAUGCGACUGCGAUGCCGUGAAGAAAGAGAUAAUUCUGCGGCUCUUCAACUGGUUUUCCUUCGAGACCGCUCCGCAGCCAGAAAAAGUGCUAGAUUUAUUGUUGAGACUGAUGAAGACAGAUACUAAAAGUUACUUGAAUGCAUUUGGAAAAUUAAGGUUCCAAAAUGAGCUUCACGAAUUAAGAAGGAAGAUCUCGUCCGAGUGGCACGCAAAGUUGAACAAAAUUGAAGAAACCGUUCUACGUCUAGGAAACAGUGAGACGGACGAAUCGAAUACAUAUGUCAAGGAUUUUACGGCAUCUUUGGAACUUGAGAGAGACAGGUAUAAGACGCGAACACAAAAUCGUAGCAAAUAUAAAAAUACGGGUUAUGAGAGGGAGAAUUACGAAGAGUUAUCUGGCACGUACCAUCUACCGUCAAUUUUGGAUAAUACGAUACCGUUUGACACAACAUUGGAACACGAGAGCGAUGCUCCGGUUUCCAAGACAACGGAAGGUGGCAUCAAGUGGCUGAUGAUGCCGUGGCAGCCGCUGGUCACGUCGGACAAGGGAGUGCUCACCGCCGUCGAAGAGGCUCUCAAUAAUAACGUCGACACCAAUCUCAUAUUACACACGUGUCAGUUCAUAACGAACGUUAUGAUGCAGGACUUCCCGGCGGAGGUUUUUCUGCAACGACCGGCGAUAAUCACCAUACUCCACGGUCUCCUUAAAUCGAGCGUCAGUGUGUCAGAAACUAAGGUCGCAUGCGUGGUUCCGACCGUAUUGAAGACCUUGCGUAAACUCACCCGUUCAUUGAGGUUCCGCAUUUACUAUUACUGUGAACCUUGCGUGGCAAAUAAGAAGCAAAAGUUACUAGCUAGUAAACUGGAUGGCAACGUCUACGCGUCUUCGGAAGCGGGAGACGGUCCCGACGGUGGUGUGCCCGAAGCCAACUACCAAGCGUAUCAGUCGGCGGGGACCAGCGACCGGAGUCAAAGCAUCAGCGAGAACAUCGACGACUCGGUGCUGCAGCUGCAGCAGAUGCUGCUGCCUGUUUACUGCGUGGAGUCCCUGAAGCUGGUGCUCUCGCAGUUGAGCGUGCCGGUCGACCCCAGCUAUCCUCUGCGGAACGUCAAGUAUGUGAUGGAUCUGACCCACGAGCUGGUGCAACUGUUGAUCAUUUGCGUGAUGCCGAACAUCUGGCUGUGGAACGACGGCACGGCCUUGAGAAUAAACGACGACCUGAGGACGCUGCUUCGUUUAAUGGGAGAACUGAUGGAAUACUUCGCGAGCUGCAGCAACGUGGACCACUUGAGGAUAACGUACCUGCAUCUCAUCGCCGUCACCAUGAGAUUGCUCAGCAGCAUCGUGCCGUUGGAACUGGCGGACGCCGUUAUACCGGACACUCUGAAAGUGUCGAUAACGAACGCUGUAAUGGAUGCGCCGAUAUACCUGUUGCAUCCUGCGCUGCACUCCAUGUCUCUAGAAUAUGCCCGCCAAUUUCAAGGCGCCAACGAGCUGGCGUCGGUGAAGCUGUUCGACGAAACUAAAAUCGUGACGAAGUCCGUGCAGGCGUCCAUUUCCAUAUUGAAAGGAUCGUCGGAGCGAUCGCCUUCGGAAACGUUAAGAGUGUUGUACGCAGCGAAACAGAGUUUGCCUUACCACAAAAAUUUAUCGGUCGUUAAGACGGCCGUCAAGUUUCUGCAAGAUCUGCCGAGAUACCGCCUGAACUGCGAGGACCGCGCGCUGGCGACGAAACUGACACUGUACUUGCUGGCGAAUGCGGACUCGGACGUUCAACGUGCGACCUACGUCGAGUGUCACGCUCUGGUCGAGAGUAUCCUGGGAGUUGAAUAUAACAGGGAGAAACUGUCGUGGGAGAACCUGACGUUCCUGCUCGAGCCGGGUGUCCUGACGGAAAUUGUCUCGCACGGCGCGACGAGCGAAGACUGCGAGAUAAAUGAGAUGUCGAGAGACAUCCUGGUGCUCGUGCUGAAGGGAAGAAUGCAGAUGGGCGAAGCCGGCUGGCUGAAGACCUUGGAAGUCCUCGUUCCUGUGUUGCAUCUUUUACAGUGUCACGCCGAUACGUUCACACCCUUAGGUCAGUGUGUGACCAAAAUGUUCGAUCCUGAUGUUUCCAAUGAUAUACAGCUACCGUUUAUUGAGGUGUUGAAGGGCAAUUUGAGAUUUCUCUACGCGUCGGACGGCGACAUUCGAGAGGAAGCGUUAUGCCGGUUAAUUUGGCUCCUGGGCAAAGAAAAGGAUUCCGUCCAGAAAUUGCCGCGUUUGUCAUCCUUACAUGGCUUGCCUCUUAAUUCGCUCUGCAUAUUCGAACGUAGAAACUUCUUCAAGCGAUCAGAAGGCAAUUAUCAGAGGAGCAAUAUGUUAUCGGUGUUGGAAAUGCUGAACGAGCCGAGCGUAGAUCCAAAGAUACGGAGAUCCGCGUUAGUGCAAAUUAGUGUGAUGCUUUCCGAUACAUCGUUGCACAAAUUGUUCAUCGAUCAAGGCGGAUUAUCCCUGGUUUUGGAUAUUUUCAGUCGAGCCCUGGUGGAGAAGGAUUACGUGAAUUAUCCGGAUUCUGUGAUACCGAUAAUCGGCAUAUUAAAGCAACUCGCCUUUUUCGAGUGCUCGGUACGAUACGAACUGUCUAUUCAGAUCGACAUUCUCUUCAAUAUCAUAAGAAGUCUCUUCCUGUUCCCAAACAACGAAUACGUGAAAUCUGACGGCGCGCAACUGCUGUGCCUGAUUCUGUACAACGAGUACGUUGUGAAAGUCAACGGGAAGGACACGGAGAACGGCGUUACUUCGCACAUCUCGCUGCCCCGUAUCGUUCUGACGAACAUGAAACUGCCGUUCGCCUGCAGAUCCCAUUGGAAGACCAGUAUACACAGGCGAUCCAACAUGUCGUUACUUCACGGCAGCGAUCCGGUAGCGCUGACUUUUAUCCGACAGUAUUGGGCGUGGGAGUGGAACGACGGCGCGGACAUGUUGUGGAAAUCUUUCGAGGACGCGGACGACCCCGAAAUCGCGCGGAAACUGAUGAUCCUCGAGAGCGAUUUUCUCUCCUUGCGCCACAGCUUCCUUCAGUACUGCUGCCAGCAGCAGCUCUACAACAUCCAAAACUCCACUACGCACUAUAACGUGAUAUGUGCGUUAGAUUACCUCACGAUGUACCUGAGAUUUUACAAAGCGGUCGCACGCGACGACGAGAAAGACGUCGACUCGUUGCCAUGGCAGCAGACGUUCGAACGAUUUCUGUCUUCGCAUCCCUCGAGUAAAGAGGAUUGCGACCUGUUCGUGGAUGUUCUGAUCUUUUUACAAUUGUACCUAAAUGUCGCGAAGAGCGGGAAAAGCUCGUGGGUUGGUAAUAUCAUGAAAAACAUGACGAGGUCAUUGGCGGAUCUGUUUAAGAAUUUGGAAAUUGACAAUCAAGACGUACACCAGUCGAUACUGAAAUUAGUGCGCACGUGUUCGGCGACCGAGAAGUCGGACGACAAGUCCAACGACGAGCUCAAGACUACGUGGAUCCGAUUCGUAGAGUUCGUCGUUUCGACGUUGUGCUUCGGCGACCAGCAACAUUUCUACAAUCUCGCCUAUCUUGAUUGGUUGCUAACAUGUUUGACGUAUUUGAUCGGACAGUGCGAGUGGAAAAAUCAUAGGAACCUAUUGGUAUCUCUUUGCAACACCCUCAUAGAAUUGAUUAUAUCGUUUCAUGGCGCCGGCACGGUCAGUUUCAUGGGUCUGUCGAUAACGAGGAACUCGAUAAUAUGUCUCAAUCACUCGUUACACCAGAUGCAGGUGAAUUUUAACAAAAGCUCGUGGAUAGUGUUUUGGUACGAAGAAGGCCGAUCGUUGAACUGGUUGCCCAUGCUGUGGCAAAACCGGGACCCGUUGGUUCGCGCCUCGGCCUUUCAGUUAUUGGCGGGCCUGAUGAGUACACUGCACAUCGCGUCGCAACUUCUCAACGCGAUCGCGAUGGCCCCGAGCGAUCUCUGCCACACGUUGCUCCAAUGCAUCACAAACCGCGAGGAGUCCUGCUUGGUGAGGGAACAAGCGUGCAUCGCGUUCUGCAACAUGCUGAAGAACUCCGUGGCCUUCCAAUGUGAGGACUCUUUGCAAGCGCAGGCUAUCCUGAUAUACGUCGAGCAGUGCAACACCUAUCACGAAGUCAGCGUUCUCUGCGCCAAUGUCUACACGUUGACCACGUUGGACGCCGAGCAGUCCGACUGUCAGGGGAACGACGGCAAGGCAACCUCCGUGCGAAGCGUGCAAUCUGGUUGCAUUUCGCUGGUACCGCGCAUCGUGUCCCAUCUGUACAAUUGUCAGGACGAAUUGCAGCCCUUUUCCGUCCGGGACUCGGAGAUAACGGACGUGGACGCUUGUAUGCAGCUUAUCGCGACGCCCUCGCUCAUUGCAACCGCUUGCGCCCUGUUGAACAACUUGAUAUUCGUCGGACAGCACGAGGUAGUCGCGCAAAUCUACGAACAUUCCAUCGAUAAAUAUUUAUUCGGGUGUCUGGCUGAGAUACCCAAAGAUGUCGGAAGCCGGCGGAGCUUGAGCCACUACUCCGACACGCUGGAAAUGUACAUUAACAUCUGCACGGUCCUCACCAACUGCAUCACUCACAGCAACCAGUACACAGCCGUGGUUCUCUUCUCCGCGGACUCGCUUUACACCUUGUUUUGUCUUCUCGACGUCGAUCUCUACCAGUCAACCGAGCCGCGGCUGGUGCACCUGCGCAACCGGCUGUGGACAGAGAUCUACAACUUCGUGGCCGUGCUCUCAUUGACCGAAGACCAGCACUUGGAGGCCGUCCAGGGCGCCCUGGAACUGUGCGGCGCUGACACGGUGAUGGCUUCCGUAUGCUUCGCGAUCCAGGACUCGACGACGGAUCUCCGAAUGAGUGCCAUCGGUUGCCUCGCUUUUCUGCUGUCGCAGGAGAUUCAGAAAGAUCCCCUGGGACGAGGCAGCGUCUCCCUGCGAACGGCGAUGGACGACAGCAGCGCGAGGUGGCGCGUCCUCACGGAGGACGCCGAGGACGACGGCAUCCUGCGCGACGUGAUCUCGAGCGUGAACAAAUUGUCGAUAAGGGACGCGAGCGUGCACUCGAAAAAGCCGAACGAAAGCGAGAAGGACUCGAGAAGGCCGGACGACAAGGCGGCCGACAGGCGAGAACAGGCCACGAUAGGAGGUGAAUUGUGCGAGCUUCUGCUGCACCUCUUCAUCGCGCACAGUUACGCCAAGUCCAAGAAGAGUUGCCAGCAAUCGGAGGACAAGGAUCUCAUCGUGGGCGCUCUGACCAACCUGCUGUGCGUGUCGCAGGAAGCGAAGCGCACGGCGCUGCGGGGCAAUCUGCCCGAGACCGCGCUGAUGAUCCUGAAGGAGCAGUACGUCAAGCUGAAUCUCCAGCCGUUCGAACUUUACAAGAAGCAAGCGGAAAAAAAGACUCAUCCUCUGUUGCACGACAUGAACUGCAUCUUCAUGCUUCUCAUGAACUUCAUGUACGGAGAUACGCGCGUCAAGGAGAGCCUGACGAAGGAGGGUUUAGCGGACGUGGUGCACAAGUUGUGGGCUUGGGUUGCGUUGGAUAAAACGGUAUCAACGUCCGCCUUGAAACUGCUGGCGACGUUCACGACGAAAUGUACUCUUGCCGCGCAAUCUUUAACGUUAACGACGAUAUUGCCGGGAAGCGGACUGAGGAAGACGCCGAACACGCUAGCGUUGAUACACGUUGUCAUGCAGGUGACGUGCAAAGAAAUCGACAGAGCCGGCCAGCUCUUCGACAAUCACAAGAUGCACUUCGCCUUCCAUAUCCUGCGAAACGCGGUGCAUGUGCACGAGUGUAGAGUCUGCAUCUCAAAGAGUAAUCUCCUUCAAUUCUUCACCAAAAUACAUCCCGCCGUGACGAAGCGAGCGAGACCGUGGCCACUGGUGGAGACGUAUUGCCUGGAAUUCCUGAUAGACUUCACUUAUUACGAGGAGGGACAGUUGUGUGUGCCGAAGGCCGUCGACGCAUUGGACGUGUUGAUCAACUUGGCGAGGUGUUCCUCGUCGUCGAGCAAAGUCCUCGCUGUAUCGAUACUACGCAAUUUGUCGUUCAACAUGACGAAUAGGCCGCGGCUUCUUAGUUCAGUGGACUUCAUCAAUCUGCUCCACGACAUUUUCAAGAACGGCUCGCCCUGCGAGGUCAACCUGGCCGGCUCCAUGCUGUGGUCCCUGAUCAGCAACAAUCAGAAGGGGAAGCUGAUCGCGCGGAGCGCCGGCUUCUCGCACAGCAUACGGGAGGCUCUCGGUAGAUUCACGCUGGUGAGCGUCGACAUUACCAAACAGCAGCGGGAACUAGUCAAGGUUUUGCAAUACGUACUCACUAUCCUCAGCCCGGCCGAAGCGAAAAACAGCGAGACGUUGAAUAUAUAUAUAUAUAUAUAUAUAUUCGUACGACGUCGAUCGUUCGCGACUGAAUAAGAUAAUAGACCUCCCUCGCCAUACGCGAGCGCGCGCUCCUCGGAUUUCAUUUGCAGGCGUUCGACGAUUGAAGAUAAUGCGACUUAAUUUCUGCGAUGAGCGAAGCGCGAGCGAGCAACACUCUCCCGGUGCGCUGCGAACAUUCCGCAGAGACCUGUUCGCGUAUCGCUCGUGGAUCCGAGAAUCCGAUCUCACUCGCGCCCGAUAUUGCGCAAGCAAAGGUUCGGACAUAAUGAAGAGAAUGAGGGAACAAGGAGUUAAAUGUGAGGAAUUGGAAAUUAAAUUUCGAUAUAUGGGGUCUAUUCUGUAUUUUCAAUUCACGAGAAAGGAAUAAGGAACUAAGAUUAAGGGCGUUUUAAGCGGAGUCUACAGUGAGAAUUUAAAGCGUAAGAAAUUGACCGAUCAUAAGUGAUUUUUCCCUUUAUACUUCGCCUCUGUGAUUGGUCAGUUUCUUUUAAGCCUUAAAUUCUGAUUGCAGAUCCCGCUUUAUUUCUUAUAAUCUUUAAGGCGCAUAGAAAUUGACCGAUGGUUAAAUUUCAAAAAUAUCCAAUGAUCAUCGAUAUUCGAGUGAAAGUCAGUUCCGUUCAAUUGAUAAUCAUCAAGAGAA